GCGGAGAUUAUGUUGCUGAGAGAAGAAUAUGAGAGAAGGACUGCUGAAGUACAUAGAUUGUUCAGCCAGCUUGUUGAAAAGGAAGAUAUUCAAAAGGAGAAAGAAAUGGAAGUCCUAGACAUGCGCGGAAGGAUCUUUGAGCUCCAAGCAAAGCUUAAUAAAGCUCAAGAAAAACCAACAGAAGAAGUCCUCCAACAGAAGAAAAACGAGCAGGACAAGGACAAAAAGAUUCAGGAGCUGCAAGUAAAGCUUGACGAAGCUUUGCAAAAAAUAAAGAAAUCCUCCAAGAGAAGAAACAACUGGUCAUAAAACUCCAAGGCACAGAGAUAAAUCACAAAGUGCUGAAAGGAAGGGUUGAGUUUCUUCAAAAGAAAGGGCAACAGACCAUGAAACAGGAAGAUACGGAUUGCAAGCUUCAGGACAUGGAGAAACACAACAAAGGCUUGCAAAUAAAGCUCGAUGAAGCUCUGCAAAAAAAUAAAGAACUCCUCCAAGAAAAAGAGCAAAUGGACGUAAAGCAGCGCAAACUCCAAGGCAUGGAGGAAAAGUACAAAGCGCUUCAGGCAAGGCAUGAUAAAACACUGAACAAGAAUAAAGAGUUGCUUCAAGAAAAAAAGCAACAAGAAAUUAAACAGAAAGAAAUGGACUGCAAGCUUGAAGACGUGGAGGAAAAAUACACAGCGCUGAAAAUAAAGCUCGAUAAAACAGUGCAAAGAAAUAAGGAUUUCAAACAAGAGAAAGAACAGCAAGACAUGAAAGAGAAAGAUCUGGAUUGCGAGCUUCAGAACAUCAAGAAACACAACAAAGGUUUGCAAGUAAUGCUUGAUGAAGCUCUGCAAAAAAAUAAAGAAAUCCUUGAAGAGAAAGAAAAGCUGGACAUAAAGCAGAGAGACAUGCAGUGCCAACUCCAAGGCAUGCAGGAAAAAUACGGAGCGCAGCAGGUAAAGCUUGAUGAAACACUGCAGAAAUAUCAAGAGCUGCUUCAAGACAAAGAACAACGGGAAAUAAAGCAGAAAGAAGAAAAACAAACUCUCCAGGACUUUGAGAGGAAAAACCAAAAACUGCAAGAACGUUAUAACAAAAUGAACAACAAAACAACUGAACUGGAGAGGGAAAAGAAAACACUGCAAAAACAAUGCUCAGACAUGCAGAGUAAGCUCAAUGACAUGCUGAGAAAAAACACAGAACUUGAGGAACUUUCCAACAACUUGAAGUGCAAAAACACUGAGGUGCAGAUGUUAAAGCAGCAACUAGAGAAAACAAACAAAGACCUGCAGUGUACACUUCAACAAAUCGAGAGAAGUCAGCAGCUAGAAGACACGCACAACAAAUUAGAACAGUGUUAUACAGAGAUGCACAAGGCAAAGCUAAUGCAGGAGGCAAAAUGUAACGAACUGAAAGAAAGGCUGGAAGAAAACAAGCCAACUUAG